UCCCUCUCUUUCCUCCACAAUCAAAUCAAUGUGAAAUAUUCCUCUAGCUCUAGCAAUCUGUUGAUGGAAUUGAACCAUUUAUAAUAUCUUAUUCCAAUGGAGAAAUCAUCAUCAUCAUCUUCAGCUGACAAAAAUACCCACCAGUCUUUCUUUUCCUUUGUCUUUGUUCCUUGCGUUAUUGUUUCAUUAUUUGAAAGAUUUUUCACUUUGGUCCACGGGGUCCAUAAUUUAUUGUCAGGAUUCUUGUUUUCUUUGUUCAAGCUUCAUUCUUGCCAUGCAGAAACUUGCAACGAUCUCAAGAGCCGAGAUUCUGCCGAUUCCCGUAGUUAUUGCUUCCAGGAGAAGCAAGAUGACGGUGAAGGUGAUGAUGAUGGAAGCCUGUUAAGAGAAGAAGUUGAGAUGGUGAUGAAAAACCUGACACUUUUUUGCGGCCCUGGAGGGGAGGAGCUGCCAGGAAAAAUGGGUUCCAGGGAGUUUUCCGGCUUGUUUGAGGAGAAGGAACCGAGCUUCGAGGAAGUUAAGGAGGCGUUUGAUGUUUAUGAUCAAAACAAAGAUGGGUUCAUUGAUGAGAGGGAAUUGCAGAGAGUUUUUCGAUUGUUGGGAAUGAAAGAAGGAUUUGAGCUGGAAAAUUGCAGAAAAAUGAUUGGAAAAUUUGAUGAAAAUGGAGAUGGAAUGAUUGAUUUCAAAGAAUUUGUAAAGUUUAUGGAGAAAAGCUUUGUUGAAUUGUAAUUUUUUUUGCUCAGAAAUUAAUUACAAUCAAAACUUGGCAUUAAAAAAUUCCGUGUUUUGAGUUUUCA